AUGGCAAGUAGUAGGCAUAAGACUUCAGGAAAUUCCGUGGCCGAGGAUAUGAUCACAUACGUUGCGGUGGGAAAAGAUGUGAAAGACUGCAAGUCAAUUCUGUCUUGGGCUUUACAGACAAGCGGCGGAAGCAGGAUUUGCAUCAUUCAUGUUCACAAGCCUGCAAAGCUGUUCCCUUUAGUGCGAAGCUUACUGACGGAAAGGAAGGUCACAGAACGCCUGGAAACUGGUAAACAAAAUAUGAAUGCAAUCAUGGAGGAAUACCUUCUUUUCUGCCAACAAAAGGGGGUACAUGCACAAACGCUAACCAUUGAAAUGGACUCUAUCAGGAAGGGAAUCCUAAAACUCAUCUUUGAACAUGGGAUAAGGAAGCUUGUCAUAGGAUCAACAUCGGCCAAUCACUAUAGAAGAAAAGUGGAACUGGGGUCUAAGAAAGCAAAGCAUCUGUGUAAAACUGCACCCGAAUCCUGUCAAGUACAAGUCAUUUGCAAGGGCCACCUAAUCUUUACCAGGGAAGCAAGUGCAACAGAUACUGAAACUGGACAAUCAAACCUAAAUAGAUCAUGGUCUGGUCCUCCGGGGUCCAACAACAGCGGCGGCAGUCCCGUAAUUGAAUACUCAGACUUCUCCAAAUUUCGGUCUAAUACGGUUGGGGGUAAUAGAACCACUGCUCUGGCUGCUCUAGUUGAUCCUUUACAGGAACGUUCUAAAGAGCUUUCAUCUCCAAUGAGUCCUAGGGGUUCUAGUUACUCAGCAAGCUCUCCCACAAGAGAGGUUGAAAUAACUCUAAAUUCAUGGAAAGAUAGAAAUUGCAACGCAUUGCAGGAUAGCCGCUCACUCUCUCCGGCGGCGGCUAUGGAUUAUUCAAGAAACUCUUCUACCCUGGAGCUUGCUCCUUCAGUUCUGCAACAAAGUCCGAGGUUGAUUUCCAGUUCAAGUAACAUAUCAACUUCUUCUAAUGGAGCUCAAAAUGUUGUGGUAUGUACAAAGCAUUUUGUUAAAUUCUAUUUUGUGUUUGCAAAUUGUUUGCCAAAACAUGUUUAA